UGUCUCCUUCACAAUUCCUCUCCAAGGCACCGCAACCUGUUCACUUCAACCCACCCAGAAAUCUCACCAACUCGCUGAAAACACCCCCCUUCAGCUCCCCAUCCAUCCGCCAUCAUGGAUUCUAUCCGCGAAGUAAUUCAACCCAUCACCCAAAACCUCCCAGCUCCAGUCCAAGAACUCGGCAUCACUCUCCUGGGCGAAAAGUGCUACAAGACUCUCCUCCUCGAUAUCGACGUCACAUCUACAGAAUGCAUUAAACUCGGCAUCUCGAAGGGUCUCGGACUAGGAAUAAUUGCUGCCUCUUCCAUCGUCAAAGUUCCGCAGAUCCUCAAGUUGAUUUCCUCGGGUUCCGCUGCGGGUGUUAGUUUCUUGUCGUAUCUCCUUGAGACAGGCGCUUUGCUAGUUGGGUUAGCAUACAAUAAACGACAGGAGAACCCCUUUAGUACAUAUGGAGAGAAUGCUUUGAUUUUGGCGCAGGUUGGUACAAUAGAAAGGGGUAUGGCUGGAGAAAUACUGAUUUUGGGAUAGAAUGUGGUGAUUGCGGUGUUGGUUUUGAACUAUACCGGAAAACCGAGCGCUGCUGCUCUGUUCGUGGCUGGUCUUGCUGCGAGUGCAUAUGCCCUAUUCAGUAACGAUAUUCUCGAUAUGCCAACUCUCUAUACCAUCAAUGGAGCUGCUGCCACCAUUGGAGUGGCUAGCAAGCUUCCCCAGAUUCUCGCAAACUGGCAGCAAGGCUCAACCGGUGUUCUAAGCGCAGUUACAGUCAGCCCCCCUCUCCUUUCAUCCCUCUUUCGGAGUUCUGUCUGAUUAUUUUCUUGCAAACAGGUCUUCAGCUACCUCGCCGGCUCCCUCUCCCGAAUUUUCACAACACUUCAAGAGGUGGAUGACAACCAAAUCCUUUACGGAUUCAUCGCAGGUUUCGGGCUCAAUGUUAUUCUGGCUAUGCAAAUGUUAUACUACUGGAACGUUUCAGCAAAGAAGAGUUUGUUGAGCAAGAAGCAACCACUUCCCGUUGCUCCUUCGGCGGGUACUACUACGGCUACACCAAAGGGGAAGUCUCCUACUACUCGUCGUAGAGGAUAGAAUGUUGUAGAAAGAUUUUGCUUUGAUUUAUGUUUUUUUGACUCCCUAAUUACGGUUGUAGUCUUGCGAAUUUCAAUUAAUUUAUUGGAUAUGUG